AUGACGGUCGGAAAGCCUACGACGCUCGUCGGGCUUCGCGACUUGGCCCAGUCUAUCGACAACCGGUACUGGGAGCGCAAGACCGAGCAAAGCCGGGACUCCGGGACCUCUAAGUCCGCAGGGAAGUCCGGCUCCUCGGACUCGAAGCCGCAGCAGUCAUCCAAGCCUUCCACCUCCAACUCCGGGUCCUCCAACUCCGGAACCCCGAAAGCGACCUCCUCUUCCGGCCACAAGCAGGCGGCCAAGACUCCGGCCAAGCCCUACGCCGACAAGCUGGGCAAGGACGGCAAGUUGACGGCCGAGGAACGUCAGCGGCGGUUCACCAACAACCUCUGCCUGUUCUGCGGAGGUGCCGGACAUUCGGCCAACGCGUGCCCGAAGAAGUCCUCCUCCGCCGCCAAAGGCCGAGCCGCGCAGGCCAAGGCCGCGCCAGCUCCGGCCGGAGGAGCGCAAGUUGAGGCUCCCGCGGAGCCAAAAAACUAG